AUGGCCGAGCUUUUCGCGGUCUGCCCGCAAAGGUGGGGCUUGCAGAAGGUGGAUUACUUGUACACGUUCGGCGCCCCGGCCGUUUCGACAACUCCUCUUCAAGACGACGGCGCAUGCUUCCAGGGCGCCCGCAUGUUCAACCUGGAUACCGACUCCUAUGACCCCUUCGCCGAUUUGGGGACGUGGGCUGGAUACGUGCACCCACGCAUGCAGGCGAUCCAGCUGUUGCCAAUGGGAAGCAAGAAGACGGAUAUCUACCAGCAGGUGAGCUACGAUUGCUGGGACGAAAACACUCCAUACUUGCCCGGAGCGAACUACGCAUCCCUAUCCG